UUAAAAGUCGAAGGAUUUUAUUUAAAGACUUGACUGAGAUUUUAAGCUUCUAACCACAAUGUGGUCAGUAAAGCAGUUGUGACUCAGGACAAAACUUGUGCUGACUUCCACAGAAACAUGUUCUUAAUGGAUGGCAGACUGGAGUGUUCUGAGAGGUGGUGAUAGAGAUUUUCUGUCAUUUUUUGGAUCAUCACUCAAUUCUACAAGGAUGGGAGAUCAGACAAUAAUAGAAACAUUCUGUACAACAGAUAAUAUUGACCAGAGUAUAGCUUAUAUCAACCAGGAACUAACUGUUCUAGGUUUCCAGACAAUAAGUUAUGAUAUUCAAGAUAGAGUUCCAAGUUUGGUUAACAGAUUGUAUGAGGUAUUACGUCAGUUCCAAAGAAUAGGAAGAAUAAGAGAAGAACUUGAAAAUAGAAUCCAUCGUGUGACUGGCGAAUUAGACCAUUACCAAGCAAUGAAUAUGCGCUUUAAAACUGAAAAUGACAAAUUAGAUAAAGAGAAUGGCAGAGAACAGGAGAAAUACAGACAGCUGGUUACCAAACAGAAGACAUUGUCAUCUAAACUUAAAUCUGAGAGAGAAGAGGUUAAAAGGUUACAAAGUAUAAUAAAAGACAGAGAUGGACAGUUCAAACAUGAAUUAAAGAAGAAGGAAAGAGAAAUAAACAAACUGAAAGAGAAAUUACAUCAACUGAUAUCUGAUAAAACUCCAAACAGAAGAGUUGGUUUGGACCUUGCUAAUUCUUUACAAAACAGAGAUGGUAAACGUAGCACAUGGAAGAGUGCAGGCAAUAAUAAACAGGAAGAGAUGUAUCAGAAUGUUAUACAUCAUCAUGAAGAUAAACAGAGAGAGCUGAUGUUAGAGAAUACAGAUCUACGUGAUUGUUUGGUUCAGAUGCAGAAAGAACUUGUCACAGUCAUCAAUGGAGAAGACAUAGCCAACUGUAGUAUUAGUCCUAAUGAUAAUAAUUUAGAUGAGACCCUGAGUGAUGAUGAUAGUAGUUCUAUUUAUUCUGUCAAGAAGCCACCUGCUCUUAAUGAUAUCUCAGAUGGAUACUUCCAGAUGCCGUAUGGUUUUAUGAAAGACAAUCUACAAAAGUCAUUCAGGGAAACUUGCAAAAAGAUUAAACACAACAUGAAGCCUAAAAGACGUUUGCCAAGUCCUAAUAAAGGUACAGUGAACAUGACCCCUCAACCAAGUGAUUCCAAGUUUAAAGGAGAGUAUGACAAAUUACAGAAGCAGAUCAGUAAAUACAAGGAUAUCAUCAAACAACAGGAAGAACUCAUUCAGCAAUCUAUAACUUCUCAGUCCAGGUCAAUGGAGAAUUCCUUCCUGCAUGAAUCACAUCUCCUACAAGAGAAAGAAACAUUGUCAGAACAGAAAAGAUGUUUUUUCCAAGAAAAAGCUAAUUUUGAAAAGGAAAGGAAGCACUUUACAGAGGCAGCCAUUAGACUGGGUAGAGAGAGACAAAGCUUUGAAGUGGAAAAGGCAAAUGUAUUAAAGAAUGAUUUUUUACAGAUUUCUCCAUUUACAAAAUCUAGCUCAGCCACACCACAAAAAGGUGAAGGAACUCGUCUGCUGCCAUCCACUCCUGUCUUCUCACCUGCUCCAUCUGGUAAACCAAAGACACCAUCCACUGUAGAAUUGUAUAAGAUAUUAGGAUUGACACCUAAAGACUUAUCCAGACGAGAGAAGAGUACUCCGUCUGACAUACAAGAUGACAGAGUAUCAACAUCAGAAUCAGUACUGACACAGUCGUGUAAUUCAGCACCAUGUGAUCUUAGGUCUUUGUCAGACAUUCAUAUCGCACCAAGAAGAACUUUGUUCAGAAGUUCAAGUACUGGGGACGAUUUAGAUGUGUGAUUUGUUCUCCAUAACAAAAGGGUACUUACCAGAAAAUAAAUGAAAUACAUAGAUCUCAUAAAUGAAUUUAUAUCUGCCUCAGUGUGAAUUGUAUAUUUUUAUGAUGUAUGUAUGUUCUGUUGUUAGUGUGAAUCAGCGCUAUUUUCUUAUGUUAUUUGUUGGUUAUGUUUUGUUGAGGAAAUGGAUUUAGAUUAUUUUGUGCUAAUGAUAGCCUUUGCUAUGAUAUAACUGUAUGUAAAUGCUAUAUUGACAAACUAUAUAAAAUGGGGACAAUGACUUACGAAAGUAAAUUUCUCUGAUUUACUAUUAUACUCAUACUCAUAAGAGGUCCUAGUUAAUUGUAUGUUGUUAAAAGAAAUUAAUUUUGAAAGCAAGAUCUUAUAAAUUUUUGAAGAAAUCUGAAUUGAAAUACUCGUCUUUCUAAAAUAUUUCUUCUUAUUAUUAAAUGUUAAGUGUGGAUAUUAUUUUGAUUGAUUUGACUUGAUAUACAUGUGAAUGAAUAGCCAUUAAUUUUGAAUGAAUGUGUGUUUAAGAAGAUUUGUCAAGUUUUUCUU